AUGUGGGUGAAGCCGCAGGAGGUUCUUUUGGCUAAUGCAUUAUGGGCAACAGAGCGAGCCAACCCUUUCUUUGUGAUGCAGAGAAGAAAGGGCUACGGUGGUGGUGGUCUGACUGGCUUGCUGGUAGGGACCCUGGACACUGUCCUUGACAAUAAGACACGACCUUACAGAAUUUUACAUCAGACAGAAGGCUCUGAGCUCAGUUACUCUGUGGCAGAAGCAAACAACAAGCGGGAAAUACAGCAGCACUGGGAGUGGUUGGAGAGCAACAUCGUCAACACUUUAGUGGCUUUUGAAAAUGUUGACGAUGUCACAGAGUUCAUCAAAUGCAAAAUUGAAAGUCUAGUUGCCAAUGUGGAUACUGCUAAAGAAGAUGAUGAGGUUGAAGACCUGAGGACAUCGACCAAAAAGUUUCGCAAGUAUUUCAACAUGCCAAAAGAGGAGAAGCUUGUCAAUCAUUACUCGUGCAGCUACUGGAAAGGCAACAUACCCCGGCAAGGGUGGAUGUACCUGAGUGUCAACCACCUCUGUUUUUAUUCAUUCCUCAUGGGAAAAGAAGCUAAACUCAUCCUGCGAUGGGCAGAUAUCACUAAACUGGAGAGAGGCAACAACAUGUUGCUCCCAGACAGUGUCAAAGUGUCCACCAGAGACGCACAUCAUUACUUCUCUAUGCUCCUGCACAGCAACGAAACAUUCAACCUCAUGGAGCAGCUGGCCAACAUGGCGAUGAAACAGCUGAUGCAGGAACCUGGAUUUCAAGAAGAUAAAUCAUUGGCAACAAAACUGACUUUAGCAAAAAAGAAAAAGAAAAUGUCGGUGCUCAAGCGAGAUCUUGAUGCCAAGGCUCGCAGUGAAAGAUUCAGGUUGGCUUUCCGUCUGCCUGUCACAGAGAAGUUGGAUGGAGAUGAGGAGUGUACGUUGUGGACCCCGUACAACAAGCAGCACGUAUGGGGGCGACUGUACCUCUCUAAUAACUACAUAUGUUUCACUAGCAGAGUCAAAGACCUCGUCACACUCAUCAUUCCUCUGAGAGAUGUUUCCCUGGUGGAGAGGAUAGACAACUCUGUCUCCGGAAACCUCAUUAACAAAGCCAUUCUGGUCACUACCAAAAACAAGACAAACUUUACUUUUUCGGAAUUCCAAGACCGCAACUUCAUACUGGAGAGAAUUUCUGAUUUCCUAUCUAGGCAGCCGACCAUGCAAAGGCCUAGUGUGUCUGAGGAUAAGAAUGCCGAAAAUGAUGCUGUAGAACUGAACUUCCAACCAGCUUUGAUGAGCAUCUUCUCUACAUCUGAACAUUCAGAGCUUUCUCCAAAAGAUGAAGCCAAAGAGGCAGCCAAGGAGCAUUUGUGGGAUCUCCAUUUUGCAGAGUUUGGCAGGGGCAUGUGUAUGUAUCGAACACACGACACACUUCAGCUGGUCCUCAAGGGCAUUCCGGAUCAGUACCGGGGGGAGAUGUGGAUGGUGUUCUCUGGUGCUGUAAAUGAGAUGGCCACCCACCCCAACUACUACGCAGACAUCGUGAAACAGAGCAAGGGCCACUCCUCCAUCGCAACAGAUGAGAUUGAGAGGGACCUGCACAGAUCACUGCCGGAGCACCCAGCUUUCCAGACGGACCGAGGUAUUGGGGCUUUGAGGAGGGUCUUGACAGCCUAUGCCUGGAGAAACCCUAACAUUGGAUACUGUCAAGCCAUGAACAUUGUCACCAGCGUCUUGCUGUUGUACGUCAGCGAGGAGGAGGCUUUCUGGCUGCUAACUGCCAUCUGUGAGAGGCUGCUGCCCGAUUAUUACAAUACCAAAGUUGUGGGGGCUCUGAUCGAUCAAGGUGUGUUUGAGGAUCUGAUCUCAGACUACCUGCCAAACCUCCAUGAGAAGCUGGAAACAUUGGGUCUGCUGAGUAUGAUCUCCCUGGCUUGGUUCUUGACCAUUUUUCUCAGCGUCAUGCCUUUUAACUGUGCCGUUAAUAUCCUUGACUGUUUCUUCUAUGAUGGAGCAAGGGUUAUAUUCCAAGUCGCCCUGACCAUUCUUGACACCAAGAGAGAAGAGCUCCUAGCCUGUCGUGAGGAUGGAGAAGCAAUGGCUGUCCUGUGUGACUUCAUGGACAACAUAGUCAACAGUAACUCCACAACACCAAACAUCAUGCAUACAUCCAAUUCUUUUGGGGAAGACAAGUCUGUGGAGAACAGUGUUGAUGUCAGCGACAUCAUCCAGUCAAGCUACCAGAAAUUCUGGUCAAUCACCAAUCAGGACAUCAAUAAACUGCGUCUGAAGCAUCGGCUCAAAGUCGUCCAGACAAUUGAAGACAGCGUCAAAAGAAACAUCUUACGGAGUGUGGCUACACACACGAAAUUUGAAGGCAAGGAGCUGGAGGAUUUGUACUUCCUGUUUAAGGAAGAAUACCUCACUUCCUGUUACUGGCGCACUAGUCAACAUGUGGACACGACAGAUAAAUUUGACCCCAAUCGACCCUAUUAUGACCAGUACAAAGUUGAUUUUGACCAGUUUCGAACUCUGUUCCUAUCACUGUCACCAUGGGCGACGGGACAGCAUGCACCAGUGCUAGCACUGAGAACUUUUCGGUUGCUCGAUGAAAACAAGGACAACCUGAUCAACUUCAAGGAGUUUGUCAGUGUCCUGGGCAUCAUGUGCAAGGCUGAUGUCACAGCAAGGAUCAAACUGUUGUAUCUGCUACAUUUGCCACCAGCGCUGCUGCCCACAGACCCUUUAGAUGAUUCUCCUAGCUCUCCCAAAUCGGAAGGUAUUGUUGACCCGCGGCCACAGCUAGUGGAACUGGUUCCUGUUGGGACACCAUCAAAUAUUGACAGUGAAGAGGAGGAGGAGGAGAGUUCUCAGUCAGAGGAUAGCAGGGUGGAUCCUGAGCCAGCUGGUGAUGUCCAGUUUAUUCAGAUGUGGCGCUCGCUGUAUGACAUGUUUACCGAUUCAUCUGAUGAGCAACAGUUGUAUCACAGUAUCGCAACUGUCGGAACACUGCUCCUGCAGAUCGGAGAAGUUGGGAAACGGUUUCGCAACUCAAGUUCUAGUUCGGGAAUUUCUGUAGAUGAGAAAUCUAGUCCUGUUGUCGAGGGGAAGACUUUGUCGUCUGCAGCUGUUGGUGAUUUUGGGAAAGCUAAAGAAGCUGAUGUUGAGAGUGGUGAUGUUGUAGAUGAUGAUGAUAAGACAGUGGAGCAGACUGCCAGUAAAACUGGGGCUCAAGGUGAUGCUGUGUCUCAGGGUGAAGAGGGUAAUGGAGAAGAUGUGCGUGACAUCAGGCAAGACCCAGAGAAUAUCAAAGGAGCUGAACUUCAGGCAGAACCUCAAGCUGUGCCAAUAAGAUCACCAAUCGCAAGUGCAGAUUCAGAAAAGGGAUCACCCCGAAACACAAGUAAACCUGAUGAUGAUUGGUCAAUUUCCUUUGAACAGUUGUUGGCCUCAGUGUUAACAGAAACGCCAUUGGUUGAUUUCUUUGAAAGAAUAUAUGAUACAACCGAGGCCGUUGCAGCUCUUCGUAAUCGAAGACUGAUAACACGAGCCAACCCUCGGCCAGAAAACAAGUCCUAG